GCCAAUCCUGACACAUUAUCUUCUCAUCCAAGCCGAGAGCGUGACCAGCUCACCCAGAUCAGAAUCCAGACCUCGUCAGAGAGCAUUCCCUUGUGCAUCUCGGCCUCUCCUUCCUCCCUUCCUCGCCCGCCCAGUCCUCUAACCAUCUUCUCCAAACGCCCGGAGAUGGUCUCGCUGCGAUGCACCACCGCGCACCACUCCCUCCUCGGCUCGCCGACCUGCCUCGCGCGCCCGCGGCGGCGGCCGUGCCCCGUCGUGCGCGCUGCCGUCGCCGUGGAGGCCGGCGCUCAGGCCAAGGUCUCACUCAUCCGGAUUGGGACGCGUGGGAGUCCUCUGGCUCUUGCACAAGCCCAUGAAACUCGGGAAAAACUGAAAGCCGCACACUCUGAGUUAGCUGAGGAGGGGGCUAUUGAGAUCGUCAUCAUAAAGACCACAGGAGACAUGAUCUUGGACAAACCCCUUGCAGAUAUUGGAGGCAAGGGUUUAUUCACCAAGGAGAUAGAUGAUGCACUCUUGCAGGGAAGGAUUGAUAUAGCUGUGCACUCUAUGAAAGAUGUUCCAACAUAUCUACCUGAAGGCACAAUAUUGCCCUGUAACCUCCCACGAGAAGAUGUAAGAGAUGCAUUCAUAUGCUUGACUGCAAAUUCGCUCGCGGAGCUUCCUGCUGGCAGUGUUGUUGGAAGUGCUUCCUUGCGGAGACAAUCUCAGAUUCUCUACAGAUAUCCAUCACUGAAAGUAGUUAACUUCAGAGGAAAUGUUCAGACACGGUUAAGGAAACUCAAGGAAGGAGAUGUGUCUGCUACAUUGUUGGCGCUGGCUGGAUUAAGGCGGCUAAAAAUGGCAGAAAAUGCAACAGCUGUACUAUCAGUGGAAGAAAUGCUUCCGGCAGUUGCCCAAGGUGCUAUUGGAAUCGCUUGCCGAAGCAACGAUGACAAAAUGAUGGAGUAUCUGUCCUCGUUGAACCACGAGGAUACCAGACUAGCUGUCACAUGCGAAAGAGAAUUCUUGGCAGUUCUUGAUGGCAACUGCCGAACUCCAAUUGCGGCCUAUGCUUACCGUGACAAGGACGGGAACUGCUCAUUCCGGGGCCUACUGUCUUCACCAGACGGAUCUAAAGUAUUUGAGACGGCAAGAAGUGGACCGUACUCUUUCGACGACAUGGUCGAGAUGGGCAAAGACGCUGGCCACGAGCUGAAGGCGAAGGCUGGGCCUGGCUUCUUCGAUAGCCUUCAAUGAACAGAAUGUGCGGCCAUGCGCGAUUUCAGUUGGCACCCUUUCGGUUGAAAACGAGGGCCAAAGUAGGUUGUUGAGGGGUUUGUUUUUGUUUCUUCUUUUUUUCUCCUACUACUAGUUCCUGCUAGAGCCUUGUACUACCACUCAUGUUGAGCAGCCCCAUUCAGCUUUUGUUGUUUCUCAUGUUCUUUUAGCACUCUGGGUUAGAGAGAGCCGGUAUCUGCACAGCUAUGUUGUGUCGAAGUUGAUGUGACUCUGCAGAUAGUUGUUGUUUCAAGAAUAUUUGAGCGAGCUCAUGAUAACCAUGGGAGUAAGAUUCGAUGUUCCUAUUCUUCGGAAAAUUAGCCUUGUUGAUUGAUUCUCA